AGUACAAAAACCGCGUACAAUUUCGAACCCUAUCAGUUGGUCAUUGGAAAUUAACUAAAACAUGUGUCACACAUACAGUUUAGUGAUUGUGUUGUUUUUUUUUCACGGUGCAGCGAGAAGUGAUGAAUUAUCAUAUAAAUAUGAAUUACUCGAUGAUGCGCACACAGUCGAUGAUAUUGAUAUUGGCGCCAAAUAUAUAGCUCUAUUAGUUGAAAAUUCACCAAUCGAUUUUGAAAAUGCUCUGAAUUUUCUAAAAGGUGUUCCAAAUAUGAAUAAAGCAAAUGGCUACAGCGGAACGGAUUUUUGGCUCAUAACUUUUAACUCGUCAGGUGUUUCGGCUGUUUUGGCAAGUAGCUUAGACAACAAAUAUAGCUUUUAUGAUAGCCUGGAAUAUUUGGAAUUCCAAAGCAAUCCAGAAAUUGACUUAAUUUCAAAUCAAUCAUUGCCUUUAUUCGCGAUCAUCCACACUGCUCGAAUUUUGCCAAACAAUGGAGCGAUUAUAGUUUUUAGUGACUUUGUUAUAAAUAAAGAUAAAUAUCUCGAACAAAUUGCUUUGGAUAGUAUUUUGAGUAAGAAUAUAACGGUUUACGCUAUAAACAAUGAGGAAAAUAUAACUAAUAACGUGCUGAGUAAUAUUCUCGAAUCAUCUGGUGGCAGAAAACUAAAUAUUACUCCACCAUACCGAAAUAAAAACUACAAAUACACCGCAGAUAUUGAACGCAAUAAAAUAUCCCUUAUUUUUUCAAUGAAAAAUUUAACUAAUUUACUGGAGUUGCCGUUGGUUAUAGGCUAUAACGUUACAGCUAUCCACAUAACAAUAAGUCCUAAAACCACAUACGGAUGUCUUAUAUCUCCAAAGGGUCACAAGUAUUUGUUUUCGAACCAUUUUAAUCAAAUAAACUACUUACAAGGAUCGCAAUUUCAAAAAGAAAAUUGGGGCUUUCAACUAUAUUUGAACUUUUCCAUGUUUAAUCAAUCUAACUUGGGAACAUGGAUGCUAAAAAUCGAAAACCUACUGGAACCUUAUAAUGCUAGUGUAUUUGCUUUGACGACUUCGGAUUUGCCUAGAAGUGAUGCUAAGAAGGAUUAUGGUUUGGCCAAACAAAGAUAUACCAGCCUUGGUAAGAGCGACUUAUAUCCAACUCAAACCAUUACGGUAGAAGUAGGAUUGGGCUCAGAACUAAUCUUAGCUGCUGGAAAAAGUGGUGAAAUAUAUUUCGAGGUAACUAAUUGGGGGACUUCUACAGAGCUCGUUACAUUUUCCUGUAGCGACCUGAAAUACCUUUUACAAAAACUAUCAACAUACAAAAGAUACCUUGACCCUCAAGAAAGUACUAUAGUAACACUGUAUAUAGACGGAACUGAUGGCCCAUAUGAGGAUCAAAUUACAUUUUCGGUGACUUCUAAGUUUCAAAUAGUACAAAAGAAAGUUAUUUUGGAUGUUGGAUUGACCCAGCCCCUGGACAUGAUUGCUCCAGAGAUAGAGUAUUCAUAUCAAAGUGACUGUACUGAAAUUUGGUAUUUAGGGUGUAGUAAAGGCGCCUGGACGUUAGAGAUCAUGGCUAAAGAUGUGGAUUCGGGCUUGUUGAAAAUAAAUACCGAACCCAAAGGGUUGCAAAUUUCAAAGGGAUAUACUUCUGGCACUAAAGACUCUGUAAUAGGACACUACAGUGGUUCAUGCUGCGAUCCUGAACUAGAGAUAUCUGUCGUAGAUAGAAAAAAUAAUAAAAGAACUAUCGCACUUAACGCGUAUCGUGCAAGAUUAAGUAUUGUGGCUAUUUCCGCUAUAGUAUUAGGCAUAUUUCUUUUUAUAAUUGUGAUUGCGGUCAUUAUUGUAGUUGUUCUGAAAAAAUGGAAGAGUAAGGAGUCGUUUGACCUGCCAACUUAUAAGGGAGGUAAUAUUUGACAAUUAAUACAGGGGAUUAUUAGAGAGCAAAACGAGGCAAAUUUAUGGAACACCUUAGCUCUCGAAUAUGGCACUAGUUGCAAUAGUGAUAGCACAUCUACCACACAAAAAUCUUCCGCCUAGAAUACGUUUUUACACUGUUCCAUAAUAUAUUCAAGUUAUUAAUUUUAUAGAAUGUAAGCAUUAUGUUAAUUAUGUAGCCCCAGUCAAUGAACUAUGUGAAUUUAAUUGGAAAUAAAUUCAAAGAUUAGUGUGGUCAAUUA